UGUAACAUCGGAUGGUUUUCAAUCAGGUAGCGGUGGAUUCGUCUCCCUGAAGCCCAGCAGAGGGAGGGUGGAGGCGGCCGUGCCAGCAGCAGGCCCCCGGAUCUUGUUAAAAGUUGGUCAAACCAGCGAUGAUUUUUUCUGUGUUGAUCAUUUCGGAUUUGGAGAGAAUUAUGCGCCUGAUGGUUGUCGAGACAAAGGCCCGUCUGCGGGAGAGAAGUGGGAGGAGGCGGGGUUUUGUGACGUAGAAGGUUUGGCGAAGCGCUUGUUCCUGUUGGAUCAAAAAGCUUCUUCAACCUGUCCGCUGGCCGUCAGAUCGACAGCCUCAGACAUGCUCCGCCAUGUUUUCCUGCUAAGUGUCAUGGCUCCAGUUUCUGCCGUCAGCUGGAAGCUGCAGACCAACCUGACCUGCUCCAGCUCCUCGGAUCCUGCAGCCGUGAAUGCCACGCAGCUCCACAGUAACCAUGAUGACCAGGGCUUCCUGUGGGUGAAGGAUCCAGAUUCCGCUCCUCUUCCUCAGUGCUCCUCUUCCUCCUUCUCCCCCCCUGCAUCCCGCUGUGAGGUCUGUCGACUCGGGCAGGUCUUCAUCAUCUGCGCCGACCUGCCGGAUGGAGCCGCUCUGUACCUGGAGCGACCCGGAGACCCUUACUGGACCCAGAGGACUGUCUGCCCGGAGCCACCUGCUGCUGCAGAGCUUUACACAGUUCCGGAUGAACCCAGACUGCCCCCUGCUGAUGAGAACACAAGAAAUCACUUUGCUGCUGUCGUCUCCCUGAUCCUCUUCCUCCUCCUCAUCCUCACUGCGGUGGGUCUGUGUAGAGCUCAUGGGUUGCAGCAGGAUGGUUCUGGUGGAAUAGCUGAACCUUCACAUAAUCUAGAGGUGGUUUUGUUGAACCAGUGUGGAACGGAAAACAGAGAGCUGAAUGUUUCAAAUGGACCCUGACUCGGACCGAAGCCACUGACCAAACCGCCGCAACUAUCAGCAGAAAUCAGGUCAUCAGAUGAAGUUUUAUCAGAGGAAAAGAGUAAAGCUUCGGGGUGACCGGGCAGCACAAUGAUUCUGGAACAACCCUCCUCUAGACCUUUGCUCCAUCUUUGACCCGACAUCUUUAAGCUUAAGCUCCAGGCUUCUUUAGACAGGCUUUAGUAGCAGAGUGGCAUUCACUUAUCAUUAUUAUUAUUAUUGCUCAUUUGUGUUUUCUUACUGUUGUGAUCAAUCAAUCAAACAAGGUGUCCUGCAAACACAUGGAGUGAUGAAGAGAAGGUGUGCAAAGCAAUAAAAUGAUGGACAUCAAAUUUUAAUUUGAAAAUAAAGGGAAAUUAAAUGUUGUAACUCAUGAAUUCAAAUUCAUCUGCAAUGACCAUCUUCAGUUAUUGUAGAUGGUGAUGAUGGCUGUUGGCAGGGAAGAUCCCUGUAGCGGUCUGUGUUACAGUGAGAUUGAGGAAGCCUCUGACUGAAGACAGUCUGUCCUAAAACAAUCAUUAAGAUUUAAAACCCUCAAAUCAGCAGAGAAACCAUCAUAGUGGGUUUCUCCGUCAUCAAACCUGCCAUUUCAUAAAGUUAUAUCCUUUACAAGCUAAAAAACUGUAAAAAAAAAAAUUUUAUUAUCACUUCCAUUUUUUCCUUUUUACAUCAUUCAUCCAAUUCAAUAAUGGAUAUAAAUUCUUCAUCUGACAGCUAGAAUUUCUGUCUCCUUAAAUUGAUGUCAAAGCUUUUUUGUUAUGGAGUAUGAAUAAAACAGUAAUCAUGUUUUAGAUGUUAAUGAGUCCCAAUGUUGAUCUGAGAGAAUGAAUAUUCUGUUCUGUUGGACCUCAGUGCAGCUUUUGACAUAUUACUGAAUCGACUGGAGAGUUGGGUCGGACUCUCCGGUUCGGUGCUCGACUGGCUUGAAUCUUAAAGAACAGAAAUUCCUUUAUUUCAACUGGAAAUCCUAGGACCCCUCCUAUUCAAUAUUUAUAUUCUCCCACUAGCUCAGGUUAUAACAGGAAAUAAUAUUAGCUACCAUAUCUAUGCAGAUGAUACUCAGCUCUACAUUAUGAUGUCACCAGGUGACCUUUGACCCCAUCCAAUCACCUGCGGGGGAUUACAUAUCAGUGGUCAUAUACAAUAUAUUAGAAACAAAGUUGCAAAAACUAUUGGAAUAUUGUUUAAAAUAAAAGAUUUAAUAAAUGUUAAAGGCUUGCAUAUUAUUUAUUCUUCUUUGGUUAUGCCUUAUUUGUCUUAUUGCUCAGAAAUCUGGGGAAAUGCAAAUAAAACAACUAUUGAAAAAUUAGUUAAGCAGCAAAAAAAAAAAAAGUUGUAAGGCUUAUUAAUAAAGUGAGAUACCGGGAACCAACGGAUAAACUUUUUAGUCAAAGUAAUAUUUUAAAAUUUAAAGAUAUUGUCUAUAUAAAAAUACUGGAAGUAAUGUUUAAAGCAUUGAACAAAAGUCUUCCUUCAGGUAUUCAGAAAUGAUUUAAGUUAAGAGAGAAUAAAUAUAAUCUGUGAGGUUUGUUUAUAUUUGAAUGUGCAAAAGAGAAGAGCCAGAUAAAGUCUGGAUGUGUUUCAGUUAUUGGUGUGAAAUUGGAAUGAACUGAACGAUGAAUGUAACUUAUGUUCUUUUUCAGUAAACUUUAAAAGAGCAUUAAGAUGUAAAAUGAUAAAAUCUUACGCCAUUAUUUAGAUUUAUAUAUGUAUUGUGAAAAUAUCCUGGUAGGUUAAAGGGUUAAAAAAUAGGGAAGGUAAGAAUAAGCUUUGGUUCAGCCUAAUCCUUUUUUGGUAAAUUGUGGGUUAUUUGUUGUUUAUUGUUAUUUCUUUGUUGUUUCUGGU